CGUGUCUUGCUCUCUCAUCUGUCCUCUUGUUUGUUCCAAAAGCUUUAUUCCUUUCAUCUCUCUCCCAACCCUUUCGACCUUCUUCAGACACAACAACAACCUUUAGCUGAAUCGCGCAGCUGCAGCUGCAGCUCCAUAUUUCUUUGAUUUUUCCACCUAUUUGCUCCAGGUAAGAGCUCGUGGACUCUGAUUUUCUCGAAAUUUCGGUUCUUCUCUGAAAUUAGGGCUUUUCGAGAGUCACAAAUUUCCCUCUUCUAUGCUUUUUGAAUCUUCCAUUCCAAUUGGUGUUACGGAGCUGUGUUCGUACGAUAUUUUUAUGGAAUCGAGAAGAUAGGGGUUAAUUAUUGCUUUUUUUGGCAUCUCUUUUCGUUGAUGAAUUGGAGUUUGUAGCAUAUUGAAUUAUUUCUGGAUCUCGAACGAGACAUAGGGGAUCUGGAUUGAUAGUUAUUUCCUUUUGUUGCGGUAGAAGUUCGAGGUUCUUGCUGGAGAUUAUUGAUCCAAUUUGGGUUUUUGAAGAUUUAGGGAGUAAGGUUAUUUCUGAGGUCGAUUUGUAGAAAGAUAUAUUGUUUGAGAACGGAUGUAGCGAUUUUUUUGUUCUUAAUUGCAGUUCGGUUGUCUGAAAAAUGUGGAUUAUGGAAUAAUUUGACGAACGGUUGGGUUUUUGAGGGAUUAGCUCUGAGAUUUUGUUUCUGUUGUUAUUUGAUCUCAAAUGGACAACGGAGAAGAAAGAUAUCCUAUAUCCAAACGUUACAGUGUGAACCAUCGGGAAAAUUUUGGUUCUCUACCGCGUCAAAAAAUUCCUUUCCGGGAUCCGUCUUAUUCAAGGCCAGUCAGUAAUCAGUAUGUGGAUGAUGAUGUUGAGGAUGACGAAGAAGAGGAUGGUAUGGGGGAGGAAGAAGAUGAAAAUUAUCAGAACAAUGGUUUUGCUCACACGAGUGAAGAAGUAGACGAUGGCGAUGACGAAGAUGAUUUUGAUAUGGAUGAAGAUAUCAAGCAGAACAAUACUGUGAAAUUGGAAGAUGCUGAUUUGGAAAGGCACCCCAAGAAGCGACGGUUGAAGAAUUUGAUAUCCAAUUAUGAACUUGCCCCUCGUAUGCCACCACCAUCCUCUACUCCGUCACAAAAAUCAUUUGUUGGGGGUAGGAAUUCAUUGACAGAUUGGAACGAACAUGAAACAGUUGUACUUCUAGAUGCCUGGGGCGAACGGUUUCUCCAGCAUGGAAGGAAAAGUCUCCGAUCCGAGGAAUGGCAAGAGGUUGCUGAGAAGGUAUCGGAGGUCUCUAAGAUUGACAGGACUGACACACAGUGUCGUAACCGUCUAGAUACCUUGAAGAAGAAGUAUAAAAAGGAAAAGUCGAAAUCAACAGAAAUGGGAGGACCUACAAGCAAGUGGGUUUACUUCAAGAAGAUGGACAUGUUAAUGUCUUCACCUCCAAACCAAGGUGGCCUAUCAUGUGGGUUAGAUUCAGGGGAGUAUGUGUUCAUGAACCCUAGAGCUUAUCUGAAUCGUGCAAACGGGUUGGAUGAGAUGAGAGAUAGCCCUGAUAACUCAGAAUCUGAUGAUUGCGAGGAUGACGAACUCGAUGGACUACCACCAAAGAAAAGAAUAUAUGGGAGAAACAACGAGGAUGGCUCUUCCUUCAGGAUGCUAGCUGAUUCCAUUCACAAGUUCAGUGAGAUUUACGAGAAGAUCGAGAGCAGCAAAAGACAACAAAUGAUGGAGUUAGAGAAGAUGAGGAUGGAUUUCUUAAGAGAUUUGGAGUUACAGAAAAGGCAGAUAAUGGAGAGAGCCCAAGCGGAGAUCGCCAAACUAAGGCAGGGCGACGAUGAGGAAUAUGGUGCGUCCGCAAAGAGUGCCAGUGGAUAAUGUAAUCUUAAUACACAAAUCUUGCAUGUUUACUACUAUAUUUCCUUAGUUAUGUUAUUGAUCACUCGCUGUCUGUAUAAUAUAUGGGAGGGCCCCCGCCCCCUAUUGAUUUCUAAUCAGUGCGAUAUAUUAGAUGGAACCGUUCUUACUUCUUGACGACAAUAAUAGAAUUACAGGAUUAUAAUUCACUUCA